AUGAGUGGUCGUGCAAUCGGUAAAAAAAGUAAAUCAAGUGCUUCUUGUCGACGGAAAGAGUUGAUUGAUAGAGUUCGAGCUAAACGUCAGAAGACGUUCGAAGAAGCAUUUCAAGAAAUUGCUUGCUCAUCCGCAAAAAAACAUCAAAGAACAAUGUUGAGCCGCUUAUUAGAUAUGACAGAUUCAAUCUCUUUCAUGUACGCGUCAUCUAAAAAAAAUGUUAUGUAUAUGGGAGAAGUCAUAGCAACAUUAAAAGAAAGUUUGAAUAUUCCAAUAUCACAGCAUGAAAUUGCCGAAUAUCUUGAGUAUUUAUCAAAAAUUGCUCCCGAUUGGUGCACUAUUUCGUACAGCUUAGAGCAGAAGAAACUUAUGAAAAUCAAUCAUUCGUUUCCUGUGAAAAAUGUUCUCGCAAUAAUACACAAUAAACUAAAUGAAAUUUAA